UCAAAUGUCACUUUUAGGGUUAUUCGUCUGUGUGCAAAAAUCAAAAUAUUUGGCAAGGAAACGAAAGUUAUUAUAGAUGUUAAUAAGCUUUUUCGGACUAAAAGAUCAAAGUUCAGUAUCAGUUUACAGUUUUCAGGACUCAAAAUGCAUACUUUUCGCCGAUUUUCAUCACAACUUUGUGUUAGAUAUCCUAGAAGAGUAGUAAAACAUCCCGUGGUUGUUAAAAGAUGUAUGUUAAGUACAGAAAAACCAUCAGAUAUGCUUGCUAUGCAGUCAGCGAAAAUACCUAAAGGUAUUUUAGGGCAGCCCACUUGCCACACUCAUCCCCACAUGAUACCGAAUGGACAAUUAACUUGCGGAAUAACUCAGCAAGAGUAUAAGGAAAGGAGGGACAAUCUUGUUGCCAAGUUGUUAGAAGAGUCUCAGCAUAUACACAAAUCUCAUAUUAUAAUAAUUCCAGCAGCAUGCAAGCAGUACAUGUCAGACAAGAUCCCUUAUGUGUUCCGGCAAAACUCAGACUUCUUCUACCUCACUGGCUGUCUAGAGCCCUCAGCUAUACUAGUUAUGGUGAAGCCCGUGUUAGAUGAUAGCUAUAAGAGUAUCCUGUUUGUGCAUGAGAAGGACAGUCAUGCAGAGUUGUGGGAGGGCCCACGCACGGGGUGCUCACUUGCUGCAACACUAUUUGGGGUUGAUGAAGCACGUCCUGUAGAGAACUUCAAUAACUUUAUUCAUAGGAUAGUGUCCUCAUAUAAACCUGGAGUGGUCUGGUACCAGAACGAAAGUCCACCCAACCCUGAAAUCCACGACAGCAUCCGUUCAGCGCUACGCAUCAGCCACGUGUCGAUGGACGAGCCUCAGACGAGCCUGCACCAGCUGAGAGUGGUCAAGUCUCCCGCUGAAGUGGAGCUGAUGAAGGAGACGUGCUACAUCGGCUCACAAUCUGUCAACCUGGCUAUGGCUUGCACCAAACCUGGUAUAUCCGAGCACGCGGUAUCGGCGGUGCUGGAGUACUCGUGUCGCAUGGCGGGCGCGGAGCACGGUGCUUUUCCCCCAGUGGUAGCGGGCGGGCCGCGCGCCACACACAUACACUAUGUGGCUAAUAACCAGAUACUGAACGAUGGGGACAUGCUACUCGUGGACUCCGGCAGUCAAAGAUGGUUGUACAACUCGGAUAUCUCCCGCACAUGGCCCGUGUCCGGCAAAUUCUCAAAACAUCACAGGAUAUUAUACGAAUUAGUCCUCACUGUACAGAAACGUCUAAUAGAACUGCUGAGGGAGCAGCGGCCGCCUUUAGACCAAUUGUUCGACCACAUGUGUCGCUUGCUGGGCACGCACUUGCAGCAGGAGGGCAUCCUGCCCAAGAAUAUAGACUCCAAUGACCUUAUUGGGAAAGCGUAUCGAUUAUGUCCGCACCACGUAUCACACUAUCUGGGUCUAGACGUGCACGACGCGCCGCUAGUGCGAAGACGCGUGCCCGUACGGACUGGAAUGAUUGUCACCGUUGAACCAGGUAUCUACAUCCGUCCGGACGACAAAUCCGUGCCGCCAGAGUUCCGCGGCGUCGGCAUCCGGAUAGAAGACGAUGUGCUCAUCACUGACAGCGACCCCCUCAUACUGACUGACUCCUGCGUUCGCGAGGUCGACGAUAUCGAAGCCAUAGUCGGCAAGCAGAGCAUUUGAGGAACACUACGAUAUCGGCAAAUUAAACUAUGUUAGCAAAGGCCCAUUUAAAAUAACUUUUACCUGAGGAACUUUGACGUUUUGGCAAAUUUCACAUACAAAAUGUACGGCAAUGCAAGUAGGGACUUUUACAAAACUUUAUUAUUUUUUGGGCAUUAGAUAAAGUGUAUAGGCAUGUACCUACCUAAGUUUUAUAUAUCAAUAACCAGGCUAUUAAAUUGAUAACUGUCAAAACCUCUAAUUUAUUCCUCAGUUAAAAGUUAUUUGACGAUUGAAAAAUCGGCCCAUUAAUAUGUUAAAUGCUUUAUGACUACUGCUGCUCGAUUACGGCAAAAUGACAGCUACAAUGUCAGGAUCGCAAUCACCUCUGAUUGGUAGACGCUCGCUCACUGAUACAAUGCAUUAUUGCAACAGCAGUACCUUAAAUUAUUUAACAGCCAAUUAUAACAAUUGAGAUUGUAAUAAUAAUUCCUUGAUUCAGUUUUUGCACAAUCGACCUGCUGUUUCAUUAUUUAAUCUAGUAUUUAAUAAUAGUAUUUGAGGAUCAAAACACUUUAGCGUUAAAGUAAAAUGGCCCUUAACUGCCUUGUUUUAGUGCUUAAUUUUGUACAUAUAUUUACAGCCAGCGGAAACGUGAAUUCAAUGGUACUGAAUUUUUGACUAUUAAAAGCGGGUCAAAUCAAAGCAACUUAGCUCUUUCUUAGCAAUCACCCAAUGUCUCCUCCAAUUUUUGUAAAUAGUAUCUUAAUGUAGGUGUAAUGUAUUAUAUUCUUAAGUCUGCAGAAUUAUUCCUAAUUUUAUAUAAUAAAUUAAAUUGAGAGAUUAAAGCUUU